AUGGGUCACAUUGUUAAAGGUACUUCUGAAGCGUCCUUCAGCGGCCUUCGCGACUUACUGGGCACACACAUUUCCAAGGGGGAUGAGGGUGGCUACAUUGACGAAAGUGGUACUCGCGGCUGGGAUAAAGACACCAUUGUCAAUGUCUUCUCUACCACCAAGACCAUCACCAGCCUGGCAGCGCUCAUUCUCAUUGAUAGAGGACCCAUCAGCCCCUACGAGAAGGUGGCCACCUAUUGGCCUGAGUUUGCUGUGAAUGGGAAGCAAGAUAUUGAGAUCAGGCAUAUCAUCUCUCACACGUCAGGCGUUCCGGGAUGGGAGCAGCCAGUCACGCUGGAUGACGGCUGCAAUUUCGACAAAGCAGUCCCUGCUGGUCUCCCAGCCGCCCUGAUGGACUCCGGGAACUGCUUCUGGCUAUCAUUCUUUCACCCAUGGCUUGGGGUUGUCGACUCCGACUUGCAUCGCGUCUCCGACCUCAUUCCCUGGGCCGCAGCUCCGGACAGCGACUCCAAUAUUGAUGCCGACUCCAUCGCCGCCAGGGUUAUGAGCAAUCCCAAAUUUACACCGAACAUGGCUAAUACCACCAUGUGGCGACAAGCUGAGCUAGGGACGUCAAAUGGCCAUGGCAAUGCUCGAUCUAUUGCAAAGAUCCUCUCUACAAUUUCUCUCGGAGGUUCUGUCGACGGAAAACGCCUUCUGAAGCCGGCAACAAUCGACUUGAUCUUUCAAGAGAUGUCGAACGGAAUAGACCUGGUGACUAGCAUGCCGGUGCGGUUUGGAGUCGGGUACGGGAUAACCGGCGAAGGAGUUGUCCCUACUUGGCUACCUAAUGGAAGGAUAUGCUUCUGGAGCGGGCUUGGGGGUUCAGUCGCCAUCAUGGAUUUGGACAGGAGGAUGACUAUUGUCAUUGUCAUGAAUAAGUUGUAUCCAGUCGGGCUGGGAUCUGACCUGACGAUUGAGUACGUGAAAGAGAUCUACAGGGCGGUUGAGGUGUCCGGACUUGAGUAG